UUUUUGAGGGGGGGAGGAGAGGCGUCAAGGGGGUAUUUUAAAGGCUAUAUGUCUGGUGAACACUUCCAGAGAUGCUACAAAAGAGGAACGUCCCUUUAGUUUCCUUCCUUAUAGUUAAAAGUGGAAUCCAGUAGCCAUCUGUUGCUAGAGACAGUCAAAAGAGGAUGUUGAAGCUCGUGCUCUGAACACCCCACGCAUUCAAAGGACAGCUCUCUAAAAUUCAGCUGAUACUAGGAAAAAAUUGUUGUGUGAGGAUUCAUCCGCUGGUGCUUGGAUACAUGGAAAAGAUAAAUGAUGGUGAGGGCCACCCAAGCAGCAGCCAGCAAACCUUGAAAGGGACCUCGAAAUGGGCCACGUCACUGGAGAACCUCCUCGAAGACCCGGAAGGAGUGAAACGCUUUAGGGAAUUUUUAAAGAAAGAAUUUAGUGAAGAAAACGUUUUGUUCUGGCUAGCAUGUGAAGAAUUUAAGAAAACACAGGGAAAAAAGCAGAUGCAGGAAAAAGCUAAAGAGAUUUACAUGACUUUCCUGUCCAGCAAAGCUUCCUCCCAGGUCAAUGUUGAAGGGCAGUCCCGUUUGAGUGAGACCAUCCUGGAGACACCUCACCCUCUCAUGUUUCAGAAGCUCCAGGACCAGAUAUUCAACCUCAUGAAAUAUGACAGCUACAGCCGCUUCCUGAAGUCAGACAUCUUCCUAAACCACAAGAGGAGCGAGGAGCAAGAGGAGAACUCGCCAGAGGCUCAGACUGCAGCUAAAAGAGCAUCAAGAAUUUACAACACAUGAGACACAAUGGAUCCCUUCAGGAGAGGCCCUACAAUAAGGAAAUUACACUCAGGAACAGUCUAGGUUUAUAGCAGCUGCAUUUAGAGCUUGGAAAGCUCAGAACCUUUUUAGGAGAUACUUACCUUCUUAAUUGCUUGAAUGACUAAUUGUUUUUGCAUGAUAGCUAUUAACCAAGCACCCGUGGAAGGGCUGUUUCCCAGCUGAAAGGCUGAGGUAUUCCUCCAUAGCAUGAAUUUCCUUUCAUACUUCACAAGUUAAAAUGCUUUCAAUUCUUUUCUUUUCCUUUUUUGAAGCAUCUUGGUGAUGAGAAACGGGAGGUAGCGUGGUUGGGUUUUUAUUUUUGCCUCGUAAUUUUAUUUGGGACUAGCUUUUACAUCCUGAACUGCUGGGAGAAGCAGCUGAGGAGAACAUUUCACAUUAGUUUGUGGGUGAGUCAUUUAUAGCAAAUUUAAUCAUAAAGGGACAGCAUCUUUCAGGGUUAAGCUUAGUAGAAUCCAAUCCCUUCC